UCCACAAUCUCCUCUCUGUUAUUCCACAAUUUCUUACGAAUCAUCUUUCUCUCUGUCUCUGAUAUUUGGCUAAUUUCACUCCGAAUAUGGAAACUGAAUCAACCAAACUCGAUGUUCAUAUAGAUGUAGCGGCUACGUCUCAAGAUCCGUCGUUAGGGUUCUUAAGCACGGUAAUAAUCACUCUAGACAGAGAGUACUUGAAGGAUGAUAGCAUCAAGAGUCUAGGAUCUUACCCUGAUUCUUCUAGUAUCGACUCACCAAUCAUUCUGAAAAUCCCACCCUCCGUACCAGAGUAUGGCUAUAGCGAUCUCUAUAGCGAACUCCGAGAUUAUGUCUUGACCAAACAUAUACUUGAUGAGAUUGUCAAAGCCCAACUACGAAUCCAAAGUGUUGAUCACCUGUCGCCACAACAACCUUUAUUCAUGGAAGUCUCGGUCAAGUUGACACACAAGGUAUACAACGUUGUGCCUUGUAGUUCUGCUCCGUUGGCAACAGAUUUGGAGACUUGCCUCAUCUGUUUCGAGGAUCUGUCUAUGAGAUCCUAUGAAUGCUACCAAUUGCCUGAUUGUUCACAUUGUUUUCACGAAGAAUGUGUCGAUGAGUGGGUGAUUCGACAAAAUUACUAUUGCCCUGUCUGUCGCCGACCUUUUUAUGAACAAUCAGAGUGAAACGGAGUCUAAAAUAGGGUUUCAAAUUUUACUUUUGUUCUGUGUGGUUGUAAUGAUUUAGUUAAUCCGUGUGUUGGAAGUCUAAUUAGGGUUUCAAUUAUGUUUUUGUUUAAUCUUUGUCGUAGACUUUAAGAUACUAAUUAGGGUUUUUCAUAGUUUAGGUAUCGAUCUUGAUACUCUGUUCUUGUUGACAACAUGUAAUGCAGUUUGAUUUUAUAGAAUUCAGUCUAGAUUCUCUAGACUUGAAGUUCGCAUAAUUAUAUUUCA